CCGGGACAAAGCGCGGAGGGGGUGGCGGGGCCUGAGCGGCUGCGGGGGCGGAGGGCGAGGACGGGGCGGAGGAGGAUAAUAACGAGAAGCAGCGACCGCCAUGGCCCUGGGCAACUACAGCGGCCUGAGCCGCGCGCAGCUCACGUUCGAGUACCUGCACACCAACUCAACUACGCACGAAUUCCUGUUUGGAGCCCUUGCUGAGCUUGUGGAUAAUGCCAGAGACGCAGAUGCCACGAGAAUAGACAUUUAUCCUGAGCAACGGGAGGAACUACGAGGUGGAUUCAUGCUGUGCUUUUUGGAUGAUGGAACGGGAAUGAAUCCAAGUGAAGCCGCCAGUGUUAUUCAGUUUGGGAAAUCGUCCAAGCAGUCACCAGAGUCAACCCAGAUUGGGCAGUACGGGAACGGCUUGAAAUCGGGCUCCAUGCGGAUUGGGAAGGAUUUUAUCCUCUUCACGAAGAAGGAUAACACCAUGACUUGCCUCCUUUUGUCACGGACAUUCCAUGAGGAAGAAGGCAUCGAUGAGGUCAUCGUUCCCCUGCCCUCCUGGAGCGCACGAAAUCGAGAGCCUGUGACUGACAACAUGGAGAAGUUUGCUAUUGAGACGGAACUGAUUUACAAGUAUUCCCCGUUCAAAUCAGAACAGGAGGUGAUGGAGCAGUUUAAUAAGAUCCCUGGUGAGAAAGGCACCCUAGUGAUCAUCUUUAACCUCAAACUAAUGGAUAAUGGAGAGCCAGAGCUUGAUGUGACUUCUGACCCCCGUGACAUUCAGAUGGCAGGAACGCCCCCUGAAGGAACGAAGCCUGAGCGCCGUUCCUUCCGUGCCUACACUGCUGUGCUUUAUAUUGAUCCCAGAAUGAGAAUCUUCAUCAACGGGCACAAAGUACAAACCAAGCGACUGUCAUGCUGCCUGUACAAGCCAAGGAUGUACAAAUACACUUCAAACCGUUUCAAGACCCGUGCAGAGCAAGAAGUGAAGAAAGCAGAGCACAUGGCGAGAGUAGCGGAGGAAAAGGCUCAUGAGGCAGAGAGUAAAGCCCGUGCCCUUGAGCUGCGCCUUGGAGGGGAUCUCACGCGGGAGUCCAGGGUCACACUGCGUCAGGUCCAGAAUUCUGCAAUAACCCUGCGCCGGGAGGCUGAUGUCAAAAAGAGGAUCAAAGAUGCAAAGCAGCGGGCACUGAAGGAACCUAAAGAACUGAAUUUCAUCUUUGGGGUGAAUAUUGAGCAGCGCGAGCUGGACGGCAUGUUCAUCUAUAAUUGCAGCCGGCUGAUAAAGAUGUAUGAGAAGGUGGGCCCGCAGCUGGAGGGCGGAAUGGCCUGUGGUGGAGUGGUGGGCGUGGUGGAUGUGCCCUAUUUGGUUCUGGAGCCAACCCAUAAUAAACAGGACUUUGCUGAUGCCAAAGAGUAUCGACACUUGCUGAAGGCCAUGGGAGAGCAUUUGGCUCAGUACUGGAAGGACGUUGCUAUAGCCCAGAAAGGUAUCGUCAAAUUUUGGGAUGAAUUUGGUUAUUUGUCAGCAAACUGGAACCAGCCUCCAUCCAGUGAACUGCGCUACAAACGCCGGAGAGCCAUGGAGAUCCCUACCACGAUUCAGUGCGAUGUGUGCCUGAAGUGGCGGACGCUCCCAUUCCAGCUGAACUCAGUGGAGAAGAACUACCCCGACAGCUGGGUGUGCUCCAUGAACCCCGAUCCUGAGCAAGACAGCUGUGAAGCUGCUGAGCAGAAGCAGAAGGUACCACUGGGAACCCUGAAGAAAGACUUGAAAUCACAGGAGGUGAAGCAGAAACAUCUGACAGAGAAAAUCCGCCACCAGCAGAAAACCACUCCAGUUCGCUCUCAAGGUGACUUAAAGAAACUGCCGCUGGAAGUGAGCACACGGCCUACGGGGGAGAAUCCCCAGUCACAUACCCAGCCCCAGCGCACGCGAUCUCCUCCAUUACCUGAUGUAAUCAAGAACGCUCCCAGCAGACCACCAUCAUCUACACUUCUUUCCAAGACCAGCAGUCAGCCGAAAAAGAGCUCUUCAGCUUCACCAAAUGCAAGCACUUCCAAACCGGCAAGCGUGCUCUCCAAGGGGGACGCCAGCAGUUCCAGGACUCCUCAGCACACUGUGACAGCUGGGAAGUCUAACAGCACUUUAAAAACUCUUGCCAAAGCAGGUUCAACAACAAAAGCACCCUCUGCUGCCCAACAGAACUCCAAAAGCUCCUGUGAAAUGCCCUCUCCAAAAGCUGCCAAAGCGCCAGCACUAAAGAAAUCUGCCACUGCCAAAUGCCCACGGGGCUCCACCACUCAGAAGAGGACCUUGAACAGCAUAGAGGAUACGUCUGAGGAGGAGGGAGAGGACAAGAAAGAGAAGACAAAACGGGGAAGAUUUGUGGCAGCGGAAGAAGAGAAGAAGGACUCUGGUGAGGUAGUGGUGGAGCUCACGGACAGCGCUGGGGAAGAAGAGUUGGUGGAACUGAAGAAAGCUCAGAAAGAUAAAGGGCUGCAUGUGGAAGUGCGUGUGAACAAGGAGUGGUUCACAGGCCGUGUCACAGCUGUGGAAGUGGGCAAGCAUGCAGUGCGCUGGAAAGUGAAGUUUGAUUAUGUUCCUACAGACACCACACCGAGGGAUCGCUGGGUGGAGAAGGGCAGUGAGGAUGUGAGGUUGAUGAAGCCCCCCUCUCCUGAGUACCAGGCUCCAGAUACGCAGCAGGAAGAGGAGGUGGUUGUGGCUGAACCUUCUACCUCAGAAUGUGUCAGAAUUGAGCCAGACACCACUGGUCCCAGCAGCAGCCAAGAAACAGUAGACUUACUCGUCCAGAUCCUUCGAAAUUGUUUGCGGUACUUCUUACCCCCAAAUUUUCCGAUCUCCAAGACGGAGCUGAGUACCAUGAGCUCGGAAGGGUUGUUGGCGUUUCCAUUGAAAGACUAUUUCAAACAGUAUGAGGUCGGUCUGCAGAACCUGUGCAACUCCUAUCAGACGCGUGCUGACGCCCGGGCCAAAGCCUGUGAGGAAAACCUCUGCAACAUGGAGAGGAAGCUGAAGGAGACAGAGGAGAAACUGCAGAAGCUGAGGACCAACAUUGUGGCCCUUCUGCAGAAAGUGCAGGAGGACAUCGAUAUCAACACAGAUGAUGAAUUGGAUGCGUAUAUCGAGGACUUGAUCACAAAAGGAGACUGAGAAGCCCCAGCCCAGGUCCUGGAGAAGCGCAGAGGAGCUGGCUGUUGCAGGCGGAGGCGCAGAUUUCCUGCAGAGAAGGACGAUGGUGGCUGAUGAGGAAACAGGGUUUUUAGCCAGUACUUGCAUUGUGUUGGUGUACAACUUCUUCUUGUGACUUUACCUGAAAAAGACAUUCGUGCUGUGGGCAGGAAGAUUAACAUUGUAGUUCUCUGAACUUCUUUUUUUUUUACAAAUAUUUAUUUUUAAAAUAACUAAGAGCUGUGCCUGACGCAGCGGGAGGGGCGGCUGGGUGGUGACAGUGAGGGAGAAGUGUGACUACCCUUUUGGCAACUGGGGAAUAUUCACAUGCUGCACCUGGCAGAGCAGAACAUCCUGCCUGGCACAGAGUCUCAAUAAGAACCUUGCAGCAACUUAAAGUUUUGGGUUAUGGAAGAGAAGGCCACGACUAAGACUUUGAAGAUGCCGAACUUGGGCUAGAGAAAGACAAGUCAGGAAUUGGAGCUGCACAGAGGAGAUCAAAACAUGGUCCCUGGGUAAGCAUGAGUGGAGGAGGUGAAAUCUUGGUGGGUCUGAGGCAGCAAAGGGCAGAAAGUUGGCAUUUGCCUGUGAGGUUCCUGAAUCAGAGGUCGCUGAAAGCAGGUGGAGUUGUCACCAUGCUAACAGUCAGGCUGAGGAUCCUUGUAAGAGAGGGUGGACUCCUGGGCUGCCGCAGGGGGCUGGGAUCAUCAGGAAGAGCGCCGGAGCAUGGAAUCGUUCCUAGCAGUCACCUUAUUGCAUACUUUUGCUGCUGAUUCUUUGAGACGCAACUGCAGUGGCUCAAGAACUCUUCGACGAGCUGAAAAUAAAGCGACCCUCCAUUCCAUUGUCACUCUCCAGGUUUGCAUUGCUUUGAUCUACUUGCUCUUCCAGGUAAUUUCAUUAUAGUGCUGGAAUUUGGAGUCUUUGGAGCCCUGAGUCCCAUCUCACCCUGAGUCAGCAGCAAGGAAGAUGCUUUUCCCAUGUCCUCAAGUCCAGCAGAUUGCUUGAGGCCAAAGUGGCUCACUUGGAGUUCUCUGGCUGGUCAGCUUCUCAGGUCUGCCAUGAUGAGAUGUCCAUGAACUUGGUGCUCAGAAAAUAGAACCCCCCUCCAGCCCGGUGCUUUGAAGAAACACAGCACGACCAAGAGGUGUGCACCUGCAGGAACAUCAAGUGAAAUGAACUGUCGUGGGUUUGGCUGGCUUGGAGUACGUUUUCUCCUUAACAGCUGCUAUGGUGCUGGUUUGGAUUUAGUUUGACAAUAAUGUUGAUAACACCAUCAUGGUUUAACCCCAGACGGCAACAAAGCGCUUCAUGGCUGCUUGCUUACUCUUUCUCCUGGUGGGAUGGGGAGGAGAAUUGGAAAGAAAAAGGUGAAACUUGUGGGUUGGGAUAAAGACAGAUCAGAACUGCAAAGGAAGAAAAGUCAUAAUAAUAACAAUAAUAAUAAAAGAAUAUACGAAGUGAGUGGUGCUCAGUGCAGUUGCUCCCAAGCAGCGAUCCCCUGCAUCUCAGCCAACUCCUCCAGUUUGGACACUGAGCAGGACAAGAGGGUAUGGAAUCCCCCUUGGCCAGCCUGGGCCGGCUGUCCGGGCCGUGUACCCCAUGCACGCCCCACCUUCUUAUGGCAGCUCAGGAUGAGAAGCUGAAGAAAAUCAACUGUGUCCCAGCUGACCUGAGGUCAGCACCAACCCCUUACUCUGUACCGUGCACGUUGUGCCCAGAUCCUACACUUCCUAAUUACUUGCCACCCCUUUUCCUUUCUCAGUCUGGACACACACAGGUACCGUUCCCUGAGGCGAUCCCUCUACAAUGUCCAAUGUUGGUUUGACUUCAAUGGGGUUGGUUUGACUUCAAUGAACUUUUUUUUGAUGUCAGAAGACUUAUUUUGAAUUUAACGGAGUUUUGUUGAAUACAUUGGAUUAGUUUUUACUUCAGCAGAGAUAUUUUGCAUUCAGUAAACUUGUUUGGACUUCAGUGGAAGUGUUUGGAGUUGAGUUAUUUUUUAAUUUAAGGGACUAGUUUUGACUUCAUUGGAUUUGUCUUGGAUUCGGUGUAAUUGUUUUGACUUCAGUAAGUUUGUUUUGAUUUAAGUGUACUUAUUUUGAUUCCGAGGCAUUUGUUUUGACCUCAGUGGAGUUGUUUUGAAUUCGAUAGCCUUGUUCUGAUUUCAAUGGAGUUGCUUUGACUUUGGUGGAUAUUUUGUUACUUCAAUGGAAUUGUUUUCACUUCAGCGGAUGCUUUUUGACCUCAGUGCACUUGUGUUGAGUUUUGAUGGACUUGUUUUGACUUCAGUGGAGUUAUUUUGACAUUGAUAGAGUAAUUUUCACUUCAGCGGAGUUGUUUUGGCUUCCAUAGACUUGUCGUUCCAGGGAGGCGAGAUAAUGGCUCCGGGCACAGCAGGUCCCCAGCUGCACCCACCGGCAGCUCAGCUGGUGGCACGUCCCCAUCACCUCGGUAGUCUCCUCGUGUCUCUCUGCUGAGCUCAGU